CGCAUUGUCUCGGGCAGAGCAGUCAUGUGUGGAGUUACCGCUUCACUAUGAGGCGCCGUUCAUACAAUACUAUGUGCAUCUGUAACAGAUUCAGGAUGAGACCAGACCACAGCAUCGCCUCCGAGACUGUCUGAGCCAUCGGUGUCAGAACAGCAUGUCCCGGUUCACACGGGGGAGCAAGAACCCGGUGCCGGACGGGCUUAAGAUACUCAGCACCGGGCAGCUCCGGGACCUCUUGCAAGAAGAGGAUACAAUGGACCAAAUCGUCAGACUCAGUCAGAAGUUCCAGGAGCUGCAGCUGGAGAGGGACACCAUGCUGACUACCAACCGUAGCCUAGCUGAAGAGUCUCUCUCACUCCGCCCGCGGCUGGACAACGGCAAACUGCAGCUCGCUGGCAAAUACCAGGAGCUGGAGCUGCUGUCGGCAAGCUGUCAGGAGAAGCAGGAGCGCGUUGAUGCCUACCUGGAAAAACAAAGCCCCCAGGAGGCCCAGAACCUUCUCCAGGUUGAGGUGGACAGAGCUGAAAAGGAAUCUGAGGAGCUGUUGUCACAGUUCAUGGAGCACUCCUUGCCUUUAGAGGCUUUUCUCGAAUCAUUCCAAAGCUCCAGAAAGCUUUGCCACAUCCGUCGUGCACAGACCGAAAAACUCCAGGAAGUGACGAAACGCGACAGAAACCUGAAGAAGCUGCAGUCAGGAAACCUGAAGCACCAGGAGCCCGUCCCCAAUGGCUCUCCCGCCCAGGCCCCUCCUCGAGUCUUUCAGCUCCGCUAUGGCCUGAACCCAGCUAUCUUCAUACCUUCCUUCCACCUGACCUCCACCCCAGCUCCAGCACCCAGCACCGCCCUCCCUCCCCUGGGCUCGCAUCCAGGACAGCCUCAUGCUGCUUUCCAGCCUUGUGCUCCUCACUCCGGCAUGGGCCUUCCUGUAGGUCUGCGGGUGAUUGGACAGAUCCCAGGCUGGCCGCCCAGGGCUGUUCGACUCCAGCAGCUCCAGAGACGACACAAGCAGUACCCCCCGGAGCCCCCGUACCGAUAAACACCCACUCUGUGGGUAAGGCUCAUAGCAAAAGUUAGGGAGAGGGUGGGCAAUUAACAAUAGACAUUAUGUGAUUGCUGUAGACCUGUAGAAGUUGAUAUGGCAGGUUGUUGCACAAUCAAACAUGCUUAAUAUGACCCCGGCCAGAAUAUAGAGGCAGUCAUGGGGACAAGCUCCUGAUUACAGCACUCUGGUUAAGUGUUACACUCUGGUUAAUAUCACACACAUUUAUCAGUUAUACACACACUGAUCUGAACUUAAUAUCACUUUGGAAAAAACAUAAGAUUAGAAAAAAAUAAGUUGCUGCAUAGCAUUAAAAUGUUCUUAAUACUAUAAGGUACAGCCCUUCAUUUCUGGUUUUUAUUUUAUAUACAUUUCCUGUCAAUGUAUAACUGUUUUAAUUUUUUUUAAAAAGGGUGAAAAUAUGUGAAAAUAAGUAAUUUCCCAGUUUUCCAGGUAAGCAUCGGGGCGGUCGGAACAGCAGCUAACUGUGUAAAGCUGCUGAAGCUACCCUGUAUCAGUGCUUCAGUAUGUUAUUACACUAAAGAGAUAUACCCAGAUUUUUACAUUUUAUUUACUGGCUGUAAAGUCUUGGAUUUUCUUGGUGUAAAUCAGUAUUUAACCGGCCAAAUUUAUGAUGAAAAUCAGUAAAUACUGAUUUGAAGCUUUUGUAAAACGUGGGAAUUUUGGAGAAUAAACGGCCUUGACAUAUAGCAUAUAGAUUGACAGCUUUCUUGUGGUUUUUUAACUGUUCAAUGUUUUACAUAAACAUUUCUGUGAAACUGUUAUAAUCAGUGCAGUACCUUGUAGUACAUGUGAGUUUCUCAGCUACAUGGGAGCACACCUCUUCUGUUUCUAAUGCUUAUUUUGCAGGUUAUUGGUGAAUUCCCAAUAAAGUCAAGUGUGCUUAUUGUCACAA